UGUUGGAUCAAAUCGGUAAACAGUUGAGAUUGCUGACGACUAAGCUGGCAGGGAGAACAGCUGAGCUGGGAGGGAGGGAUAAGAAACCCCACCGCUCACCGGGGAGGAGAAGACUACUAUUCCACUAUUCUACUUUUCAUCCAUUUCCAAUAAUACUCCCCCGUGAUCUGAAGUGAGUCCAGUCCAGGUGUAUUCUUCCCCUCUCACCCAGCAGUUUUCUUGCCGGUAAUGUUUUUAGCUUUAUAGUUAUCCUUUAAGACUUGUCUUUCUAGAUUAUAUCCUCCUGGGAUUCGUGAAAUUUCCACUUUUUGACUCAGGAGAAAGUUCCCUUUUGAUGGACGGGUUUUAAUUUCUUGCGAAACCUUCUGAAAGUGCGAUUCUCUGAUUGAUAAUUCCAAUGAGAAAUGGCGUGCGAAGCCGUACAAACGUGGAGCCUGAUCGGCAUAGCCGCUGCAUUUCUUGAUCUUGCAAUAGCAUACUCGUUGCUGUGUGCAUCAGCGCUAGCUUUCUUCGCAUCCAAGUUUCUGAGCUUCUUUGGAAUGUCCUUUCCAUGCCUUUGUGAUGGAGUCUUUGCCAACAUCUGGAGCAGGAGUUUCUGCUUGAAUAGUCUCUUAUUUAAAUUCCCAAGUGAAAUAGUAUCGCAUGUCUUUAUAUCAGUUAAGGAGAAUUUCCCCUUUCAAGAUUCCAUUACAAGAAAGUGCAAUCAUAGUACUCUUGGUGAAUUGUGUGUGACUGAGGUUCUUGAAGUGGAUGGUGAGGCAUCUUGUAGUUCUCUAUCCGAUGCAAGGAAGCCAGUUCAAGGGAUUAGGAUUAGGGAGUUAAGCGCUAGGACUGAGAAAUAUGAUCUAAAGGGGAAGGGGGUUGUUGGUCAUAGACCAAGAAGUCGCUUGCGGCAGCGACGAAAAUGGGGUGGUGGUAUUGGAACCUGCUAUCCUCCGGUAUAUGAAGUGGCAGGAGCCGGGGAGCCAUAUUCUCAUUCUACGGAAAAUGGAUUGGUUGGAGGGAUCUCAUUGAUGGGUGAUAAUGAUAACUUUGAAGGUGAUGAUAAAGCUUCUUCAACACUGGGAUUAACGAAAGCAAUAGCCGAUAUCUUCACUAACCCAAAAACACCAUCUAGUGAUCAACUACAAAAUGAUCAACAAGAAGUUCAAACGUUGAGUGGAGGGGAGAAAAAUGUAAUAAGAUUGUUAGAAGGACGACUUGAAGAAGAACGCAUUGCCCGUGCCGCGCUUUAUGUUGAGCUUGAAAAGGAGAGAAACGCUGCUGCUACCGCUGCAGAUGAGGCCAUGGCUAUGAUUCUGCGUCUGCAAGAGGAGAAGGCAGCCAUUGAAAUGGAAGCUCGGCAAUAUCAGAGGAUAUUAGAAGAGAAAUCUGUGUAUGAUGCUGAAGAAAUGACUAUUCUUAAAGAAAUCCUCAUUCGAAGGGAGAAGGAGAACCACUUUCUGGAAAAGGAAGUCGAGGCAUAUAAGCACAUGGUUUCCGCAGGAGGUGAACAAAAUACACGAGAUUUUGAGGCAUGUGAUGAUCAGGCUCUGAUUCCUCGUCAAUUCAUUGGAUUCACUGAGAAGAGUAUAGCGGUGGAAAAAAGGUUGUCAGAUAGCAAUGUUUCUAUUGAGAAACCAACUACUAAGCUAUCCUCUGUCAAUGAAAGUUCCCUUUUCAAGAAACAAAGAGACUCAGAUGAGCAAUCAUUUUGGAUGUCUGUUUGUAAUGGUUCAGGGAACAUGGAUCUUCAGGAGAAGCAGAUUAUAUCCGUAGGUAACAACUUGCCCUUGUCGGUGAAAGCAGCCUCUUUUGGAGGGAAGGAACUUGAUCAAAAUCAGGAUUUUGACGCAGGGCAUAAACUGGCUGAGAAGGUAAUUGUAAGCUGCCAUAGAACUGAGGCAGAUAAUGGGCUUGGUUGUACGAGUUCAAUGCAGGAGGCAGAAGAAGGCACUGGGUUCAAUAAUUCGAGUGAUUCAACCUUAGACAAAGACUUUUGGGUCCAUGAUGUUCACAUUGAUGGAGUCAACCUUAAUGCAGAUGCAAGUAAUCUGCUUUUAGUCGAAGAUUUCUCAGGAGUUAACGAGAGAAAUUCUGCCACAGUUGAAGAGGCUGGGGCGACGGGGAUUGAAUCGAUUGACGUAGUUGAUUUUCCAAGUUCCAGUGGUGUGAGAAAAACCAAUUCAGAAAUAACUUGUGCAGUUCCAUUGGUUGGUCCAAAGGACCCAUCUUUACCCCUUGAAAUGCGUCAAGGUUAUGCAGCUCCGGUGGAACGAGAAAUGGUGAAGAUAAAGAGUGAAGUUGGAUGGCUUCAUGAAAGACUGAAGCUUGUUCAGGAAGGUAGAGAUAAACUUAGCCUCUCGGGGGAGAAUAAAGAAAGGGAAAGCUUAGAGUUGAUGCUUUUGGAGGAUAUUGCACACCAGGUUGAGGAGAUCCGGCACAUAACUGAGACUGGGAAAGCUGCAAGACAAGUUUCUUUGCCCCUCCUGAGCGCUAAGGCUGCCUCGAAGAAAAGGAGGAGCAGAAGUGUGUCGUCAGGAUUCCAGAUAAGUUCCGAAGAUACACCAUAAUUGCUUGAGGGACAAAUAUUGCUCUAUGGUUGAAGUAAAAGUGAUAUGGCAUUUAUAAUCUUUUUCAUUUCCAGGGUAAUACCCAAUCUAAAAUUAUAGAGUAUGGUUGGAUCAGACUGUGCAUCGGAAGUUAGAAAAUAACUGCAUUACAGCCUGAAUGAAGCAGCACCAGCAGGUAAGUAAAGGGCGUUUCAGUGUAAUGUUUAUUGUUUGUUUGCUGUAGUGUAGUGUAGUGUAGAGAACAGACUCAGAGCUGCAGCCUCAACUUUGUAUAUAUGUUUGUCUGUCGGUCUACGAAGUUAAAUUAGAAUAAAUAUCCCCAUAAAUAAAUGUUGUUUUUCUUUGAUCAUCGAUCCCGCAA